GAACUUGUUGUCGUUAGGUGUUUCCAGCCGGUCGGUGUUAGAGCAAGCACCGGUCACCGUCAUGUCGAGGCACCUUCGCUUCAUUGCUCGGACCGUGAUGGUUCAAGACGGCAACGUGGACGCAGCGUACAAGAACUUAAACAGGAUCCUGACUCAGGAAGGGAUUGUUGACACAGUGAAGCGCAAGCGCUACUACGAGAAGCCCUGCCGAGAGCGAGUGCGGAAGAACUUUGAGAACUGCAGGCGGAUCUACCACACGGAAAUGGCCAGAAAAAUUGUCUUUGUCUCCAGGACAAACAGAGAGGAUCCCUGGCUCGGCCGCUAGCAAAAUGGGGUGUGACGAAAAGGGACGCUAUCAAUGAACUGGUCAAGACGGGGCUUAAUGCACCUGGGAAAUACGGAAAGAAGUUGUUUUCAUGUUGUCACACUGUUGAACAGUUAAGGUGCAUUCAUUGUCAAGUCAACUAUGGACAUUUUUUUCCAUUUUAUCAGCAACAUUUGGCAUGAAAAGUGCAGUACUCGUACUCAUUCUUGGUUGUAAUGAACAGGUUGAUGUCAUUUUGUGGUUUGAAUCUUCCCACACAAUAUUACUGAUGAAAAAAACUAAUAAAUGUGCAACAUUUUCUGAAAA